AUGCCACCAAAAGCCGACUGGGACAAGUACGUGCCCAACGAAGAUGAUGAUCAGAAUCAGGAAAACAUAGUACCUCUCUCAGAGGGCGACAUUCAGGUGCUCAAAACGUACGGAGCUGCUCCUUACGCCAGCCAGUUAAAGCAGAUCGAAAAGGACCUCAAGGACAUUGAGGAACGAAUCAAGGAAAAUAUCGGCAUCAAAGAGAGUGACACAGGUCUCAGUGCUCCUCACCUCUGGGACGUGAUGGGUGACAAGCAGAGAAUGUCUCAGGAACAGCCAUUGCAGGUGGCUAGGUGUACAAAAAUUAUAGAGGCCACGAACCCUACGCCGGCAGUCGGGAUGUUGGCCAACGCAGAUAACAAGAGCAAGUAUGUGAUCAACAUCAAGCAGAUUGCCAAGUUUGUCGUUGGUUUGGGCGAAAGAGUGUCUCCUACAGAUAUCGAAGAGGGCAUGAGAGUGGGUGUUGAUAGACAGAAGUACGAGAUCCAGUUGCCCUUGCCGCCACGAAUUGAUCCCUCGGUGACGAUGAUGACGGUGGAAGAGAAGCCGGAUGUCACGUAUGGUGACGUUGGUGGCUGCAAAGAGCAGAUUGAGAAACUUAGAGAGGUGGUGGAGCUCCCGCUUUUAUCACCCGAGAGAUUCGUGAAGUUGGGUAUCGAUCCUCCUAAAGGUAUCCUUUUGUACGGUCCUCCCGGUACAGGCAAGACGCUUUGUGCCAGAGCAGUGGCCAACAGAACCGACGCUACGUUUAUCAGAGUGAUUGGAUCUGAGUUGGUGCAGAAGUACGUUGGUGAAGGUGCACGUAUGGUUAGAGAGCUUUUCGAGAUGGCCAGAACAAAGAAAGCGUGUAUUAUUUUCUUCGAUGAAGUGGAUGCUAUUGGAGGUGCCAGAUUUGACGAUGGUGCUGGCGGUGACAACGAGGUGCAGAGAACCAUGUUGGAGUUGAUCACACAGUUGGACGGUUUUGACCCAAGAGGAAACAUCAAGGUGAUGUUCGCCACCAACAGACCCAACACCUUGGACCCCGCGUUGUUGCGUCCCGGAAGAAUCGACCGUAAAGUGGAGUUCUCCUUGCCUGACUUGGAAGGAAGAGCCAACAUUUUCCGUAUCCACGCCAAGACAAUGAGUUGUGACAAGGACAUCAGAUGGGAGUUGAUCUCGCGGUUAUGCCCCAACGCCACGGGUGCUGAGUUGCGUUCUGUGUGUACGGAAGCGGGUAUGUUUGCUAUCCGUGCCAGAAGGAAAGUGGCCACGGAAAAGGACUUCCUUAAGGCGGUGGACAAGGUGAUCAAGGGAAACCUCAAGUUUUCGUCCACGUCGCAGUACAUGCAAUAUAAUUAA